AUGAUUUUUUCCAUUAUUAUGGAAAAAAGAAUUUUUGAAAUGAACAACCUGUUGGAAACUGUGUCUUGGCCGAUAAGUUUCGGUGGUAAAGGAAUAAAAGUCGAGAUUAACAAACGAUAUUUAUUCACAAAUAUGGUACUUUAUGGCUUUGGUGCUCUUUUGCCGUUUUCUAUGAUCAUCCUGCUUCCAAUUUUUGGCGAUUUAAAGGAAUGGUGGUUGAGUUGCCGAAUGUCUGUGGACUAUUUUGGAGAUUGGUCUGGCAUAGUGGAUUUGUUUUUUUUUUGCACCGGUCCCAUGGUGGCAUUUACUGAACUUCGACAGCCGGCUCUUUUAUUGUACGGAAUUUUAAAAAUUGAUUUGCAGAUUUUUUUACUCAAUAAACAAAUCGUUCAAUUAUCACACGAUAAAGACAUUGGUAGAUUCAAGUACCAGAAGAAAAUAUUUGCAAAAUUGCGCCAAUGUACGAAACAUCAUGCAGAUUUGAAAAGAUGUUUGAAGGAAAUUUGUGAUUUGGUGAAAGUAUCAAUGCCGAUAUUUCUGAUUUUAGGUGUUCUAGGUUUUAUUGCGAUUCUAUAUAAUUUCCUUUAUACUCUUGAAUCUGCCAGCACGAUUACCAAAAUUCGAUCAGUGUAUGUGGUUGUUUUUUGUGCUGCAAUUAUUGGAAUGUUUUCUACAGCUGGUCAACAAAUCAGUGAAAAUACAAGUCUUGUUUUUGAUACUCUGACGAAUUGUUCUUGGUAUCUUUGGGACAAAAGAAAUAAAAAGGUUCUUUUAAUUUUCAUGGCGAAUUCCUUGAAACCGAUGACAUUUUCCAUGUACGGUAUUACUCUGGAUUAUCAAUUUGCACUUAAAGUAUGGAACAAAAGUGGCGAUUUUGUAAUAUCUGAAAUGUUUUAG